CUUGACAACGUCGUUAGUACCCAGAUGACUUCAUACACCUAGAUAUCGUUUUACUGUAUCUCAAUCAGAGAGGGUUACCAGUGGGGUUCGGACUGAAAUAUCAACCAACAGAUAAUCUGAAGGAUCAACAGUUUGAUUAAAGACUCUGGCCAGUAGAUCGCCUGCUUGCAUAAGAAGAUUUGCAUAAAUAUCGCUGUGGCAGUUUUAUGUUAUCUGUGUCAUGCAGCAGAAAGUGUGCACACGCAACACAGCGCUGUUUGUGAAGAACGGUCAGGCGUGUGGAGCCGGGGCCCCUCCUCAACUUCCUUUCCGUUGCCCGCGAUGCGGAGAGCACGAACGUUUCCACAGUCUUUCUUCUCUCAGAGCUCACCUUGAAUACAGCCACCCGUUCCACACUAAACAUGACAUCAGCCUCCUAUCCACAAGGGAUUUCUGUAACACGGACCGUAUGGAAGGCUGCAAAAUCUCCAAUUCCGACAUGCAUAAAGUACGUGAUGCCGGCACCAAUACUAACUCAACUACAAGAGGAGAACACAAACACAUAUUCGCCGCUGACCAAGCUCCAUCCCAGCAGCCCGCUAAUCAAAAGCUCACGGCCCCCGAGAGGAGCCUCAGCGUUGGGGACGCAUCAGCUGGUGCUGGACCCCUCUCGGCUCCAGUGGCGUCAGUGGAGAAGAGGCUGGAGGGGAUGAUGAGGACAGCCAAUAGCAGCAUGGAACGGCGUCUGCUGCGGCUGAGUUCAGAGCUGGCGCAGACGGACACGGCUAUCCUGUGUGAGCGCGCUCACUCGCAUCACCUGGCCCAGGAGAAACAGGAAGUGCUGGAGCGAGAGCGAGCGCUCAGCAGACAGGUAGACACCGCUGUUAUGGUGAUCGCCACACUGAGGCAGCAGCUCAGCAUCUCGGAGCACGAGUUGGAGCAGAGAGAACAGGAAGUUGUUACCAUCCAGAAGUUUCUGGAAGCAGCGGCACAGCAUGAGAUGUGUGGGAAGGUUCGUUUGCGACGGUUCAUUGAGAGCCUCUUGCGGCGGAUUUCCCUGGCCGAGAGACUACUGGAAUAUUAUCAGAGCGCCCCCCACAGGCAUUACUGCACGGCUCACUCUGUGCCUCUGCCAUCAGAGCUCGGUCCACAUAGAAUAACACAAAGCAGGUCUUCAGGAGAGCAUCUUGAGCAAGAUAAAGAGCAGCAGUUACUUGCUCAGUCUGGAUGGGAACUAUCCGAAGGUUCUGCUGGGAGACUGGGUUACGACAGCUGGUCCCAGCGGAGGAGGUCAGAUGGUUAUGAGGUUUAGGGACAGAGGCGGAGCUUAGCAAUGAGUGUACAUGCAAAUAACACUGUUUAAAAUAUUGAAGUGAAUAUAUUGAGUAUAUUAAUAAUUAUACAGUGGGGUCCAAAGGUCUGAGACUACAUUGAAUAUCUGGGAUUCAAAAUCUUUUUUCUUUUAUUAAAAUACACUACCGUUCAAAAGUUUGGGGUAAGAUUUUUUUUUUAAAGAAAUUAAUACUUUUAUUUAUUGCCUGCAGUCUGACUGUAGCCUUAAUGACUGAUUUAUGACUCAUUACGAGAACCAGCUCAGAGUCGGACUCUGGUCACCCUGUAUGUUUGUUUUUGCAUGCAGCCAGCAAGGAUAACCUAAAAGAAAAACAUGUUUUCUUUCUAUUAUUUAGCAGUACAUGAUGUUUUUUUUUAUCUCAUCACAUCCAGUUUCGACUGCUGAUUCAGAAAUGGUGAGAUUUUCAUGCUCUACUGGAGAUUCUCUGGAAAAAAUCAAAUAAUAUCAGUUUACUAAAUACUAAAAAAAAUUGCAUUUCAUGUUAAUUUUUUAAAACAACUGUUAUGCUAAUGAAAUAAUUUGAAAAAAAAAAAAAUCUAAAUGGAAUAAUUUUCACUAGUGACUUUGGACUCCACUGUAUGUAAAUAUAAGUUAUACAAAACUCCAAUAAACAACAGCGAUGUCCGACUACAGAUGGCAGAUUAGUUCUUUGAUACUUAUUUGAUUCUUAAAUGUAAUUAUGGUCCAUUUAAUAAGAUUGGCUCUAGUAUGAACACAUGGUGAAACUGCCCUUUAAUUUAAAUAGAUAUAGCUGUUAUUACAAGUUGCUUACAUAAAGUGGAGAUAUAACCUAAUUAGUAAUGUUACAUGCUUGUUUUCUAACUAAAACUGCUGUUCAGGAAAAUGAAUGUAGUUAUAUUAUCUAAAUGGAGGAUGAUGUUAAAACAAAACCUGUCGCACAGGUCGGAUGUUACGCCACUUUAAGCUUGUAGUUUGUUCACAAACUUUCUCUCAUAGAAAAUGCACUAUUUCAGCAAGAAGCAAAUGUAUGUAGCAAAUAUCUAAAUAAUUUACUUGGGUCUUUUUUUUGAAGGUACUGUUGUGUAUUUUAAAUAGUGGUGCUACAUCUUAAGGGAUGAAAAUAUAUUUCCCUGCUUGUUAGCCAGCCUCAUUAGAAACUUAAAACAGGAGAGAAAAAGGAAACUUUCAAAGAGAAAGUCAACUGAAGUUCUCUUUUGUUUUAAAACAUGCAGCUAUUGAAAGAUGUUUUUAAGUGUUCUUAAAUUUAUUGCCAAGUAGUUUGAUAAAAGAUUUUUUGCCAUUCUGUACAAUUGGAGCAACAGCACUUUGGAUGAACUGUGAAACAAUUCUGUCAAAGAAUGUACUUUGAUUUAAAGGGAUAGUUCACCCAAAAUUAAAAUCCUGUCAUCAUUUACUUGCUCUAAUAAUGUUCAAUGAUAUUUUGAGAAAUGUUUUGGUGUUUCUUUUUUUGUUCAUACAAUGGAAGUCAAUGGUCAUCAAAACCAACAUUCUUUAAAAUAUAUUCAUGUUUCACAGAGGGGAAAAAGCCUAAGGGUUUAUAACAUAAGAGUGAGUAAAUUAUGUUUAUAAGAUUGCAUUUUUUGGGUUUACUAUCCCAUUAUGUAAUUAUAAUUACACUAAUUAAGUCCUAAACUCAAAUUGCAAAUGAAUGUUCCUUAUUCAAAAAGGUUAAGCUCUAUAUGGACAGCUUCUGAGACAAACAUGUUUGAAUUGUCCCUCAGUUUUUAAAAACAGAAAUUUUGUUACAAUUUUUUACAAGCUAAGGGAUAAGUCACAAUUAAUUUUGUGAUAUUUGUGGCACGUUACAGAUGCCAUAAAGCUUAAAGGGGUCAUGACAUGGAUUUUUUUUAUUAUUAUUAUUUUAAUAUGUUCCUUGAGGUUCACUUACAAUGUUAAUAAAGUUUUUUUGCAUAAAAAACAAAUAUAUUAUUUAUAUAUGAUUAUUUUCAACCUUCAUUCUGACCCUCUGCCAGAAAUGAUCUAUUUUUAGGGGGCGACUCCUAAAACAGCCACUGUAAUGAUUGGCUAACGUCAUUGCAUAGGAAACAGUAUCAACAACCACUCGCUAUUGUACGUGCGUAAGUGUUUUUAAAACAUUAUCCAUAUUAAACCAUCGUUUACAGACAAAGCAUUAUGAAAUCAUUUACUUGCGGUUUGUGAUGUAGCAGCUGUCAGAUUCAAUACAGUUGACUGCUUCAUCUGUCAACAAAAGUUUCUUUGCGAACUCUCCAUUACACUGUGCCUCGUUUACAAGACAAAAUGCUCCAAACAAACAUGUAAUCCUCCAACGCAAUACGGGACGCCAUUAAAAUAAACUAUCCACUUGUUUCCGACACUGGGAUCCUUUUGAAGUCUUACAGAGACGCAAACGAGCUGUUUAAACUGGACGUGUCAAAGAGAAUGUUCUUACACACAACUGUAUACUGUAUCCAGUGUAGACAGCAUCAGUGAUUAUAAUGGGUUUGGGUUCUAUUUACUUUUGACACAACGCAACAUUCACAUCCGGUGUAGGUACAUGUCAGUUAUUAAGCAUCUGAAUGCCAGUGGGCGGGGCCUAUGGUGCGAUGAUGUAAAACUAUUCGUCGAUGUUUUGCUCUGGAGGCAGUCAUAUGCAAAUAUAUUUGCUCAUGUGACGUCACAAAUCCCACAAUAUCAAAAUGAGCUUGAUUAAAUAAAUGCUUUUAUUAUAAUGAGGAGGACAUUUUAAUCUAUGAAACUUGCAGGAUGUUUUAAUGGCACAAAGACCUCGUAUAUGUCAAAAGAUCAAGGCAAAUUUGAUUUCUCAAGUCAUGACCCUUUUAACUUGUUCAAAGAGCUUAAAAUGGAACAUUUUAUUAAAUAAUUACCAGUCAGUAAAGAAAGAUCAUUCUUGGCUCUGUACAACUUGAGCAGUAGCACUUAUUCUCAUCUUUGGCAGAGUUGUGAAACAAUUCACUGAAUAGUAGUAUUGCUACUUUAAGUAAUUACCAAAGUCCUGACGUCAUUGUUAUAUUAAUAUACAAGAAAUACUGACAUACAGUAUGACAUUUGAAAUAUAAUUUUAUGUAUGAUGAGGGUAGUGUCUAUAAAACCAAAAGAUUUGAGGAACAGGGUAAUUCUUUUGGUAGGGUUGUUUAUAGAUUGUAGGGGUCGAUGCAUGACCCCUACGUGCACGUAUUUGGGUAGACCCUUCAUUUGACUUUGACUUCACAGAACUUUGACUUCACAGUAUUCAAAAUUGACAAUGUUUAGUAAAUAUUAGUAUGUAGUGUGUCAGAUGCAGGGUAGAUCUUACCCACAGCACCUUAGUCUUCAUAUGAAACCAGUCUGUUUUGGGGGGGAAAAGCCAAAUGAGGGCAUUUGCUAACAUUUCAGCUCAGGCUACUUGUUCUGUUCAGUUUAAGCUCUGAUGUUUUUCCUAUGUUGUUGUACCAGCUGCAUGUGACCAGCUAAAUAGGACCUCUCAGCUUCAUGUGUGAGACCUUUACCUUAUAAAUAUAUAUUAAAAAAAAAAAAAAAAUGGCACUUGGAUAUUGAGUUCAGAAGAUGAAAGUAUAAAAAAAGCUUCUUGUUUUAAAGGUGCACUAUGUAAUAUUGACAGCUAGCGGUUGAACUGGAUACUGCAGUCCAAAUUCAAAAUAUUGGAGAGAGUUGUUUCCCCCGCUCCCGGGUUGUCAGAUUGAGGAUACGCAACAAAAACGAGUGUAAUUGUCAAUGGAAAGUAAUGAGUCGUACAGUAUAACUUGAUUAGAUAAUGUAUAUGUUUGAAAUGUUCUUAUUGCCAAGUCUUUUUAGGUUGGGUAGAAAUUGCGAUCUCUGACCCAGUUUGUUUGAUGGCUUCUAUCGCUGUGUUUUCCACCACUUGGCAACCCGGGGUGUCAAAAUACUACUGGGUAAAUCACGCAGACCAGAACAAAAACAGACAUUCCGACACUGAACGCACAUUUCAAUGUAGAAAAACCGGCUGUAGCAUUGUUUUUCUGAGAAACAAGUAUGUAAACUUAUGUUUCCUACAUCUUUGCAAAAAUAUUAUGAUAUUUUUAUACUUUAGCUCUGUCAAACAAAUUACAUAGAGCACCUUUAACCUCUCUUUGUGAUGUUUUGUUCAGUGGUGGCAAUGUCAUCCACUCCAUUGUUUGCUCAGUUCUGACACUGUGAUUAUCUUAUUUUGUCUUUUGUGGUUCCUUCGAGUUUUUGUAUCACUUGAAAUGUUGUGUUUACUUAGAAGGAGAUCUGAAAUACUGUAGUGCUGUUGUUUGAGCAUGAGGUAGUUCACAUCCAUCAGUAUUUUAUUGUGAGCAUGCUUUAAUGCUUUAUCCAGUGGCUUGUGCAAUAUGUGAAAAUAUUUUCAUGAUGGAGGAAAAGAAAUGGUAUACUGUACAGAAGAAAUUUGGAGGACACUAGGGUCGAACAAGACAAAGUAGGGCUCAACCAAAUUCACUUUUGUUUAUUUAUUUAUUCUUAUUUUUUAUGUUCCCAGUUAUCUGCAUUAUAAAUGUGAUCUGAGACAGUGUUCCGACAAUGUAUUUUAUUGUCUCAUUAUUAGUCCCAAGUAAUAUUAUGGAUACCGAGCACAAUGUCCACAACACUGGUUCAAACCAUCAUUUUUAAGAAUUGACAAUAUUUUUGCACUGACUGAAUACAUAAAUAUGGAUGAUGCUAAAAAUAAGAUUAGUAUAGUAAAGUAUAUCAGUUUCGAAUUUCACAAUAUACAGUAUGGGUGGCCAUAUCAAAUUCAGUCAGUGGCCUUUUAUUUAAUAUCAGUUUGAUUAGUUUUGAGUUAUUCAGCUAUUCUACAUUAAAAUAUAUGAUACUUCAAUCAUAUGUAUAAGCAGAUGCCACAUUCGAUCGCUCCAGACACGUCAACCCGUCCGCCAUUUUGGAACAGUCAACAUUUCAGAUGUUGUCAUCACUCACAGUAAAAAUCAAUGAGUUUUCCAAGAUGCCACAAGUAUACAUACAGUGCACAGCAUAAAUGGCCCCUGAAAUAAUCAGGCCUUCAUUUUAAGCUUUCAUUUAGUGAUGAGGGAUUUUUUUGCUAGACAAAGAGCAGCAGAAAUACCAAGCAAGUGUCUCAGAGCCAGCAAAAGCUAUGAAAAGAGUGACUGUUUAUCUCACAGAGUAAGAUGCAGCCUGCAGAAAUGACAAGCAUGGUUGUUGUUCUCACUGGAACUACCUACUGUAGCCAAAGCACAAUAAAGUCAGUUAGCCAUUUCCAAAGCCCAUAUUUACAAAAUAUAGAUUCUGGGAAUCAAUACUCUGGCCUCAUGAUACCAAAUCAAUCAUUUUGGAUCUAACAGCAUCCAAAAUGUUAUGGUGUUGCUAGAGGAGGAGUACAGUGAGAAGUGCCUGGUUCCCACAGUAAAGUUCAGUGGUAGUAAAGCUCUUAUAUAGGGAUGUAUGAGUGCUGAAGGGAGUUGUGCUUUAUCAAUGCUGUCAUGAAUUCCCACACCACUGUGUAAUUUAAUACACAAACUUGAAACAGAAGAUGUUACCCUUUCCUCAUUCCCUGCAUUGUUGGGUAUUUUUUCAACAUGACAAUGAGGAUAUGCAUUCUCCCAAGGUGAAAAACCUUCUGUGGACAUGUAUUGCACUCAGUCUUAACACUCUUGAGCGCCUGUGGGGGAUUCUGUAGAGACGAGUUGAGCAACACUCCCCAUUAAAGAUCAGGGCAUUUAAGGAGCUCAUCAUCCAGGAGUUAAACAGGACAGAUGUGACAAUUUGUCAUGAACUUGUACACUCCGUGCCAAGAAGGGUCAGAGCAGUAUAUUCAAAAUUAUGGAGGGCAUACUAAGUACUAGAAUAUUAUACUUUUGUUGAAUUAAAUCUAGGGUGUACUCAUUUCUGCAAUCCUUAAUUUAAACAAAAUUGGCUAAUUUACUUAUUUUAUGGCUAUUAAUGACAUAUAUUUCUCAGUUUUUAUGAUGUAUAUGUUUAAUACAUUUUAGUUUUGCCAUCUUUCCAUGAAUUGUAUUACUGAUCAUAAAGAAAAUACAUCUUUUGUAUUUGUUCAGAGGGAGUGUACUCAUUUAUGCUGUGCACUGUAUAUGAUAACCCAUAUUUUUUAGCAUUGUAGAAUUAUCUAACAUUAAUGAUAAACUAAAUCCUAUGAAAAUCAUCUGCUGAAGUCUAUUUCAUAUAUAGAUAUUUAUACAUGCGUAUGGUUGCAGACGCACAGUCAACUUGCUUGUUUAUGGACCGCCUUUGACUGUUCUAAUAUGGCGGACGGCUUAUUUAUAGCUGCCCAUAGAAACUGCCGCUAAUGAGGCAUCUAUGUAUAUAUAUUCAUAUCAGCCUUUAGGCAUUACAUAAAAAUAAUUAUCAGCCGUUGUUUCACCAAAAAAAGUAUAACGAUGCAUCCCUAAUAUUAAUACCAGUGUGAUUUUUUUUUUCUGUGAAUUAGGUUGGACCCUAGAAGUGUAGGUAUGCCAUUAAAGAUGACAAUCAGAAGUAGAACAAAGCUAAAUAGCUUAAACGUUUUGUUGUUUCUUGAUAAAAAUGAGUAUAAUUUGAGCUAACGUUUUAAUGUUGUGCCCUGUUUUUUGUUAAAAAAAAAAAGAUUGAAUUUGUUUUCUUUAGACUUAUCUUAAUGUUUGUGCCUUUCUCUUGGAACAUUGUCGUCUGUAUUACACAUGUGAUACUGUGAGAUUUGAAGUCUCAUGCUAUCCUUGCUGCUGUACGUGAAUAAUAAAUGUGAUUAGAAUUGAUAAUUAAAGAUUGAUUUGUUAAUGCUAUGCCUGUUAUCCAUCUCUUGUGGCAACUGCAGCAUUAUUAAAAUCGGAAUGGUCAUUCA